AUGUUCGUCGCUGUGUUCUAUGGGCUCGCACUCGUCUGUGCAUUCCUGUACUUUUACACAAGAAGCACGUCCGAGUCUAACGAAGAUCCGGCUUUCAAGACCUUCCAGAGGACCUACCUCACUGUUUAUUUGCUUGCCGUUGGUCCGUUCUUUACACAUUCUAUACAUUAAUAUCCGAUCAGUCAAGUUAGAUAUAUCAACUUGCUGAAAUAUAUAGAUUAUUUUAUUACCAUAUAGGUUUACUAUACAUACCUGAAAACGAGAUGAAGCUUUGGCACAUUUGACUCUUUUUCAAUAUGAAAUUUUCUCGGAAUAAUUUUGAGAAACAUUGGAAAUUUAAUAUGAGUUGGAUCGUAUCAAAGCGUCUGAAAAAGAUGAAAUGUUUAGUUUUCAACGCGUCUUGUUAUCAUUCGUACUAAUAUUGGUCGACGUUCAACGAUAAAACGGUUAAGCUGAGGGCGCAACCGACACUUUCAAAAUCAUAAAAAUUUUAAAAAUCUCCUUUUCUUUCCUCGAUAUAAGAAAAAUGACGUUGAUAAGAAACGUAUUCAAAACGGAAAACGACAAAUCGAUAUCGCAUUUUAUUCCUCAAAGGGUGUUGAUAUGACAUUUUUGUUUGAACCAAUGCGGCAAAAUGUUUGAACAGCUUUUUCCUAACAUGAAUACUCGUGAAAUGCUUGAUGAAGCUUCAACUUCAAUAAUCGGAUAGAAUGAACUUGGAAAGUCCAGUCGGCUGUCCUGACCUGACGUCGGGAACACUUCGAUAACGGCGCUGACCUCUAAACGUCUUCCAGUUCUCUUGCACCGCGCUUCUCUUUUCUCGAAUCGCCCUCAUUUCCAUGCGCAGGACCAUUCAUUUCGUUUUCUUGUUGGCUAGAAACAUACUUUCAAAAAAUGUAUGAUUGAAAAUUCAGGAAAAACCCUCUCGUUAGGAGAGGGUUUUUCCUGAAUUAUUCUUCAAAUAGCCUCAACUAGAUGAUAAACUGCUUUGGAAUUUCUGUAACGAGUGAUUACACCAAUAAUUCCUAUCCAUCUAUUUUUCCUGAAAAAUAAUGGUUUUAGUGCUGGAUACCAAGUUUCGAGCUCAGAAACAUCGAAUAGAAAGGGAAAAAACGAUUUUAAGCUGGCGACUGGCUGCAAGGACCUCAUGUCUAUGCCUUGUACGAGUCCUAUGGUAUGUCGAAGCACCAGAUCGAGAUUCUCUUCAUCGCCGGCUUCGGCUCGAGUCUGCUCUUCGGAACUGUCGUCGGCUCUUUCGCCGACAAAUUGUGAGAUUUUCUUGAAAUUCCGCUCAUGAAUUCGCUCGAUUUUUAAUUUUCAAAGGUGAACGAUGCCUUUUCAGCGGCCGACGGAACAACUGCCUGAUCUACGCUGUUCUGUACGGAGGCGCGUGCAUCACAAAGCACUUCGGAAGCAUGGAAGUCCUGAUGGUGGGCAGGUUCCUUGGCGGCAUCGCCACUUCCAUACUCUACUCUGCCUUCGAAUCGUGGCUUGUCAACGAGCACAAUUCUGUCAGUUUUUAUCUUUUCUUCGCUAUUUUAAAACUGUCUCAGAAAAAAGCUUCCGAAUUUUGAACAAAAGACCAGCCAAAUGCUUGUCGCUGAUUCAAUCUCAGAAAGGAUUCGAAGAUAGAAUCGGAGGAAGAAAAUCCUAGCAAACGGCUAUACAAUGACGGGGUCUCGCAGAUAAGAUCGCUGUAGAGAAUCAAAGAAUGAAAUUGUGAAAAAAAUCAACGGUGGUAUGAAAAAAAAACCAGCGAAAUUUUGAACGGUCACUUUUCCGAUUUGUUCGCAUCGCUAGGGAACUUUCCGACUGCGACGUUUCCGACUAAUCCUUUUCCGACUUUUUUCCCUUAUAUUUUUCGGUUUGUAAAAGAUCUAUUAACAUUGUUUUUCUCUUUCUUUUGUGUUUUAAUUAUGAAUCACCUAUUUUAUGUAAGAAGAUUCAGAACGAAGAGAUUAUCGAGAAAAAAAGUCGGAAAAGGAAUAGUCGGUAUUUCGCAGUGAAGCCACCUAGCGAUAUGAGAAAAUCGGAAAAAUUCGCCGUUCGAAAUUUCGCUGGUUUUUAUUUCAUACCAUCGAAAUAACCAGGCCUGUGCGAGGGCCGGCCCGUCACCCUCCCGGCCCCCCGAUCAUUUCGUAAGCCCGGCCCGGCCUUAGAGGGGUCUCAAGAAAAAAUGGCCCGCCCGGCCCGAGCGCGCAAUUUUUUUCUAGUCGAAUAUCAAGUUUUUUUUACGACAAAAAUUAUGUUUUUGCUCAUUUUUUCACUUAAACAAAAACUAUGAUUUCAGAGGCAAAAAGUCACAUUUCGGUGAAAAAUUUUUUUCAAAUGAAAUUUUAAUUUUUUUGAAGCCCGGCCCGGCCCGGCCCUGAGCCCACGCGGGCUUUUUUUCCUGUAAAUAAGGCCCAAAGCCCGGGCCGCCCGGCCUGACGCACAAGCCUGGAAAUAACUAUAAAUAACACCGAAAUAACAAGUAACAAUAACAAAUAGAAUUAUCCUAUUGUUCCAGCGGGGUUUUUCGGAAAGCAAUCUCGGAACCGUCUUUUCACACGCAGCUCUUGGAAACUCUUUGAUCGCCAUCAUCAGUGGAAUCGCAGCGCAAUUCGUUGCUGAUCUUUUUGGCUAUGUGUAAGUUACUUCUUUCUCUUUUAAUAGAAAUAUUUUAUUUGAGAGCUCCUUUCGAUUUGGCUCUCUCUGUGCUUGUUAUCAUGGCGAUAAUCGUCAUGAACACCUGGCCAGAAAAUUAUGGUAACGAGAAGGCCGCAGUACAAGAAUCUUUUGCCAAAGCGAUUCAAACUAUCAAAAAAGGUAGGACUUAGAUGCUUUCGACAGAGUUUUCCACUUUUGUGCUUAGAUCCUAAUGUGCUUUGCUUGGGAUUGGUACAAUCACUUUUCGAAGGCUCUAUGUACACCUUUGUGCUGGAAUGGACUCCUGCUCUAACUUUGGUGAAACUUUUUUUCCAGACAGAGUUCGAAAAUUGCUUUCAGGCGGCUGACGGAAGUUCAAUUCCACACGGGUACAUCUUCGCGGCUUUCAUGGUUUCUACUAUGAUUGGAUCAUCUCUGUUCAAAAUUCUAUCGAAACAGAGCCGCCCUGAAGACUUUAUGAGGUAAUAACGAAUGAAAAACAGUAUCAUUGAAAAACUCAGAUACGUCUUGCUGUUGGCCGCCAUCUGCCUCUCAAUACCCAUCAUAGCUCCAACAAGUGCCUUGAUGGUUUUCGGCGCUUUUCUCAUGUUCGAAGUAAUAUAUCCAGAAGAAAACUUUUUCGACAGUUUUAAUUUUCAGGUCUGUGUUGGAAUUUUCUGGCCAGCGAUGGGAUGUCUUCGAGGAACCUACGUUCCUGAAGAAACCCGUUCAACUACUCUUAACCUUUUCCGAAUCCCGCUCAACCUUAUUGUUGUCUUUAUCUUGUUACAGGUAUUCGUUUUUUUUUUGAGACUUUUAAGAGAAACAAGUUAACAGCUUAUUAAAAGUUUACAGAACUUCUCAAUGAUUGCGAUCUUCAAAUUCUGCGUAAUGUUUUUGUUUCUGGCGGCAGUGGCACAGCACAUGCUCUACAGGUUGGUCUGUCGGGCGUGAUUCCCAACGCCGUGUCUGUAACGCAACUCACCCGCAACGCACUUGCUUUUGCAUUUCGUGUCCUUUUUUGUGUUUCAUGAUUUUCAACUGAUUUUUGGUUAUUUAUAUGGGUUUUCGGCAUACAUGGGAUAGUAGCGGUCUGGGAAGAUUUUUUUUUUCUAAUUAAACUUCAUUCAUUUUGUUUAUUUUCAUUUUCGGGUUCGGUAUCACCAAUCUAGUUAAGAUAUAUUUGAAUAAACUAAUGAUUGUAGAACUGGAACUAGGCUUCUAUAUGCGAUAUUACUGUCUUCUUUUCUCAAAAACAUUGACUUCAUCUCGGAUACAAGUAUAAAAAUGAAACUGAAUCCUAAAAUGUGUUUCAUGUCGCGUUGAAAUUCAACGAAAGGGGACUUUUCGACAAAACGGGGAAAAAACCAAAAAGAUUUUGGAGAGCCAGAGAUUUUUUAUAUUUCGCCAAAAUUACCUGAACACGAAAUUACGUUCUGACUGACAGCGCACGAAUUUUUUUUUGGUUGGUGAUUUCAAUCUUUUGUGUGUAUUUUUUAAUUAACUACUUAAUAAAGUCGCACUUUUUUGAUUUGAAAGCCUGAUCCCACAAUGCUUUUCACAUAACCAAGACUUGUGCACUAUAAAAAAAAGUUAGACAUCUUCAGAGUAGUUUCAGAGUGUACACAUUCAAAUCGAAAAAAACAGCCGAAAGGUUCGCAAAAUUCUAAAUUUGGGUCGUUUACUAUCCGAAAUUAUUCUGAACGAAAGAAUUAUCUUCCACUCACAUUUUUCCAAAACCCAACUCCGCGACUAAUCCAUUAUCGAUUCAGCCGAACAAGUGUCAACAUUCUACCGGAAAAGGUUCCAGUCACAGAAGCAGCUUAA